AUGAUGACAGACCUUCCAGAGCCAUACACGUCCGCGGCCAACGACUUCCGCUCCGACACUUUCACGACGCCCACUGCGGAAAUGAUCCAGGCCGCGCUCACCGCUUCGAUUGGUGACGCCGUCUACAACGAAGAUGUAGACACGAUCGCGUUGGAGCAGCGCGUUGCGCAGCUCGCCGGCAAAGAAGCCGGUCUCUUCUGUGUGUCUGGUACUCUAUCGAACCAAAUUGCGCUACGUACUCACCUGUUGCAGCCUCCAUACUCCAUUUUGUGUGACUACCGUGCUCACGUGUACACGCACGAGGCUGCCGGGCUUGCCAUUCUGUCGCAGGCUAUGGUCACUCCAGUUAUCCCCAGCAACGGCAAUUACAUGACGCUCGAGGAUAUCAAGCGCCAUUAUAUCCCCGACGACGGCGACAUCCACGGUGCGCCAACUCGCGUUUUGUCGCUCGAGAACACUCUGCACGGGAUCAUCUACCCACUAGAAGAGCUUGUACGCAUCAAGGCUUGGUGUCUUGAGAACAGCAUUAAGUUGCACUGCGACGGUGCUCGUAUCUGGAACGCGUCGGCCGAAUCCGGCGUGCCAUUGAAGCAGUACGGUGAGUUGUUCGACUCGAUCUCCAUCUGUCUCUCCAAGUCCAUGGGUGCCCCAAUGGGUUCGGUUCUUGUCGGUAGCUUCAAGUUCAUCAAGAAGUGCAACCACUUCAGGAAGCAGCAGGGUGGUGGUGUCAGACAGAGCGGUAUGAUGAGUCGCAUGGCGCUCGUGAGCGUCGAAAGUGACUGGAAGGCCAGAUUGCGCGAAUCGCACCGUAUGGCCCACAACCUCGCCGACUUCUGCGUUGAAAACGGCAUCCCACUCGAGUCCCCAGCUGACACCAAUUUCGUGUUUUUGGACUUGCAAAGAGCCAAGAUGAACCCCGAUGUUUUGGUCAAGAAGGGUCUCAAAUACGGCGUCAAGCUCAUGGGUGGUAGAGUCUCUUUCCACUACCAAAUCUCUAACGACUCCUUGGAGCGUGUCAAGCUCGCCAUCUUGGAGGCGUUCAAGCACGCCCAAGAGCAUCCUUACGACACCGAGGGUCCUACCAAGAUUUACCGUAGUGAGUCCACCGAGAUCGACAUCGAGGGCAACGCUAUCCCAGAGAUCAAGACGUACAAGUACUAA